AUGGCUACCAACACCAAGCUCGUGGCCCUUGGCUUUGCCGUCCUCCUGAGCAUCGGGUUCUCCAAUGCAGCGAGGGUAGUUAGGCUUGGUAGUCAUGCAGAGGCCGGAGGUGGAGGUGGCGGUGGGGGAGGCGGCUCCGGGUCGACUGGGGGUGGCUAUGGCGGCGGGUCUGGCGGCGGCGGUGGUUUUGGCAUAGGCAAGGGUUUCGGGGACUGGUGGAAUAAUGUCGUCUCCAGUGUAGCAGGCGGUGGUGGAGGAGGACAAGGCGGAGGAGGUGGCACUAAUGGUGGAUCCGGGUCCGGGGGUGGGUCCGGCUAUGGUUCUGGCAGCAGUUCGAGUGCAGCCUCUGGCCCCAGCAGUGGUAACUACGCCAACGCUGAGGGCAAGGGCGCCGGUGGAGGCAUGGGCGGUGGUGCCAAUGGCGGCUAUGGUACUGGAGCCGGUGGAGGCGUUGGCAAGGGCCAGGGUGUGAGUGGCGCGGCAUUGGCACCAGGGUCCGAUGGCUACUACAAUGGCGGUGCCGCUGAUGCUACCGGUGGUGGUUCCGGCGCUGGCGGUGGACAUGGCGGUGGCGCAGCAGGAGCUCCAAGCUACGGAACUGGAGGUGGCCUCGGCGGAGGCAAGGGUGAAGCAGGCAGCGACGGUUCCUGGGGUUCAGGUUAUGCGGAGGGAAUCGGUGCCGGCACGGGCGGCGGUGGCGGCGGCGGAUCCCAAGGGGGCUCUGGUGGCGGUGGCGGUUCUGGGUCUGGAUCCGGCAGCGGUGGAAUCCACUGA